AUUGAAGGUGCACUCGGUGAUGAGGGGAAAGGAGGUGGGGGCGUGCGGAGGCAACUUUCUUGAGCCGAGCGAGUUUGUCCCUCCGACUAAAGUUGAGCAGUACUCUCGUGAACAUGAUCUCCGUGUGUUGCGUGUUGGUGCUCGGGUUGUCUUCGUGCGCGGCGCCGGGCAGCGGCUUCCUGGAGGCCGGAGGAGGAGGAGGAGGAGGAGGAGGAGGAAGGAGGCUGCAGCAGCCGAGGGAGUUUGCCCGGGAUGUGGAGCCUCAUCGUCCAGAGAGGACCGACCGCUCCGAGCGCAGCGCAGGACUGAAUGGACAGACAUGCGCAGCCCCGGCGGCGGCGGAGUCGAGCCUGCGGAACAACACCCACACUUUCACCUUCAAAGUGAGGACCAUGGGUUCGCUGUCGCUGGCCUGGGUCGGAGAUGGAUCAGGGGUGCUGCUGGUCCUGACGACGUUUCAGGUGCCGCUGUUCAUGAUGCGCUUUGGUCAGUCCAACCUCUACAGGAGUGAAGACUAUGGGAAGACCUUCAAAGAUGUCACUCACGUGAUCAAUCACACCUUCAUCCAGACGGAGUUUGGCAUCGCCAUCAGUCCCGACCACUCUGGGAAGGUGAUCCUGACUGGUGAUGUGUCAGAGAUCGGUGGGUUUCGACUGUUUCGCUCGCAGGACUUUGGCCUCACCUUUGUUCCAACCAAUCUGCCGUUUGAGCCCCUCAUUCAGAUGCUGUACAACCCCGGAGACUGCAACGCACUUCUGACCCUCAGUAUCACGUUGGAUCUGUGGAUGUCGGAGGACUUUGGCGCCACCUGGAGGAAGAUCCAUGACAGUGUGUGUUUGGUCAGAUGGGGUCCAAAGAACAGCAUCUAUGUGACGACAAACUACAACGGAUCGUGCAAUGAUAAAGGAAUGCUAGAGUUAAAGAAGACAACAGACUAUGGGCGAUGUUUCCAGACCAUUGCAACGAGAGUUUACUCCUUUGUACUGGGAGGAAGAUUUGUCUUUGCUUCCAUCAUGACUGGCACGGGGACAGAGCGCAUGAUCCACGUGUCAGUUGACGGAGGGGAGGUGUGGAACAUGGCUCAGCUUCCCACAGUCAACCACGAGCAGUUCUAUUCCAUCCUCUCAGCCAAUCAGGACAUGAUCUUCAUGCAUGUGGAUGACCCUGGAGACUCCGGUGUUGGAACCAUCUAUGUGUCAGACGACAGAGGAACGGUGUUCUCAAAGUCUCUGGAGCGCCAUCUUUACACAACUACAGGAAGUGACACUGACUUCACCCCCGUUGCUUCACUGAGGGGCGUCUACAUGACCAGUGCACUCACAGAGGGUGGUGCGGUGGAGACGGUGAUCAGCUUUGACCAAGGAGCGAGUUGGCAGACGCUGCGCAGACCAGAGAACAGCCACUGUGACACUGAGACGUCUACUAACAGGCCAAACAGAUGUAGACUUCACAUCCAUGCCUCUUACAGCACCACCAUGAAGAUGAACGUCCCCAUGCUCCCUCUCUCACAGCCCAGUGCUGUGGGCCUCAUUCUGGCCCAUGGCAGUGUUGGAGAUGCAGAGUCAUCCCUCUCCCCUGACGUGUACGUGUCUGAUGACGGUGGCUACUCGUGGCUGUUGGCCCUCAGGGGCCCUCAUCACUAUGCUAUCCUGGACUCCGGAGGUCUUCUGGUGGCCGUGGAGCACACCAACUCAGCUGUCAACCAGAUCAAGUUUUCGACAGACGAGGGGCAGUGCUGGCAUACGUACAACUUCACCAGCGACCCACUUCACUUCAGUGGUAUGGACAGUGAGCCUGGCUCUCGCUCCAUGAACGUCAGCCUGUGGGGCUACAGGAACGACUUCAGUAAAUGGGUGGUGAUAACCAUAGACUUCAGGAAGCUCUUCACCAGGGACUGUACUGAGGGGGACUAUGUGCAGUGGCUGGCUCACUCAGCAGAACCCAGUGGAUCUAACGACGGCUGUGUGCUGGGCUAUAAAGAAACCUUCUUGCGCCUGAGGAAAGACUCCAUUUGUUGGAACGGGAGGGACUAUGCUGUAGCUAAGAAGCUGUCCCCCUGUCCAUGUACAGUGAACGAUUAUCACUGUGACUUUGGGUAUUACCGACCAGAAAACAGCUCAGAGUGUGUGGAGCAGGAGGAGAUGACGGGACGCCCUCUGGAGUUCUGUUUGAACGGGACCACCGAACAGCUACUGACCAGUGGCUACCGGAAGAUUCCCGGAGACCAGUGUGAGGGGGGUUUCCAGCCAGACAGGAAGGAGACCGACCUGAGGAGGCUGUGCACCAGCAACGUCCUUUAUCCACAUUCUCUGACUGAAACCAGUUCACCGAACGCCGCAGUCAUAGUGCUGGUUGUCAUAGUGAUCCUUCUGAUGAGUGGGGUCGCUGGUGUUUGGCUGGUGAAGAAAUAUGUCUGUGGAGGACGGUUCCUUGUGCACCGAUACUCUGUGAUGAGGGAAAAUGUUGAAGCUAAUAAGAUAGAGGGAGUAGAUGAUGUUGACACUCACUACAUGGAGACAGGAAAAGCACAGUACAACGAAGAUUCAGAUCAGGACCUCUUAGAAUAAGGCUCCUCAAGACUAAAUUUAACACAGUCUUUCACGAUGCCUGGGCAUUCCUGUUGCUCCCACAUGCUGAUCAACAUCUGCUUCUCACUUCUCGCUAUUCCCUGGUGGCUGGCGGACUCAGCAGCGGCGGGGCAACUUCUCGCAUUGCUUCCUUGUACAAGUUGAGGCUGCCACAAAAUGUCAUACCGGUAGUUUGGGGAGGGGGAUAAACCCAGCGCAGAACAGAGGAGAGCCUCGGGGUUCCCUCGAGAGCUUUUGUUGUUUCUGUCACAAAGAGUUCUGUAAAGGCUGUUGAGUCUGAAAAUGUGCUCUGUUGUGCUCUGUAUGUUUCCUUUCAUGCUGACCUAAGAAGUGAUGGCCUUUCAUAUUGUGAUGCAAUGCUGAAGCGCAAUACAGAGGCUAUGACUUGGAUGUUAAGUAUGCGCUUACAGAACAUGUUGUUAAGAGUUAGUGAACAGCCAAGUAAGAGAAAAAAAUAUAGUCAGUAUUUUUAGUUGAGAGGUUUUGUCUACUGUCAGUUAAGUACUUUUUUUACUUUUUGUAAAUUCACAUUUGCAAGAUACAGUCCUGUUGUGCAGUGUUGGCCAUUUUAACAGUCAUUUCGGCAGUUUCACCAGUCUUUAAAGAAGAUAACUCACUAUUCUUGAGUUACUUUUCAAAAAGUAGUUGUUUAGAAAAAUGAUUACAAUUACAUGCUAUAAGAUAAAUUAUGCAGACUAACAAGACAUUAUUAAACAAAGUCUCUAACAGAUGUUAGUCUGUAGUUUUUAGUGGUAAGUGAAACUUUUGGAAUAAAUGUUAAAACAGCCUGACUUUAUUGCUAAGGUAUAAAAUGUAAACAAGUUUUUUUAAUCCAGUGCAGCUCAAGACGGCCAAUGUCUUCCAUCCCCCUGUAUGUGUGGUGAAAACGAAAGACUUGAAUUAUUGCCAAAGCACUUUUAUUGUUUCAUUUUUGAGGUGAGGUUACAGAAGUGAAAUGUAACCUUUCCUCAGAGUAUGAUGGUAACGCUAAUGCAAACCCUUUACUUGAACUUUCUGACAUUUUUGCUAAACUUGAUGCAUCAAUAUAUUGCUGUUGUGUUAUUUAAUUGUUUACAUAACUAAUAUGCAUUUUUUUCUAUUGAUCUUAAAGCAGGUGCAGACAUAGUUGUAAUGAGCAUGCUGACCUUUCUUUUAUAACUAAUAUGACAUAAGAAAAAACAGCCCACAGUCAGCUUAAUAUUAGCAAAAAAAACAUCUCCAGAUUUAAAAUGACACUGCUUUUUUAAGCUAAUGUCUGCCAGUAUUUGUAGCUUUUGAUAUAUUGGUGCAUCCAAAAUUAGUAGUCUCACAGAUGAUUGAAAGUAUCCACAAUAACAGAAAAAAAUGUCAGUUUAAUGUGUCUGUGUUGGCCACAAAGAACUUUAUUCUGUUCACUGAAUUAGUUUAUUUCCCUUUAGAUGAGACGGGUGUGGGCUGGCUAAAAUUUCUAUCAUCUGCAUUUUUAAGAACUGCAACCUUUGACACAUGCAGGGCUAAUGGCCGGUGCUUGUAUUCUCCAGCUGAGACAAUAAUAUCCCAGUGAAUAAGCUAUUAUAAUAAGCUGGCCUAAUGUAGAGGCAUAUUCUCAAGGACUGGUGGGUGGACUCAGAUAUGAAAGCAAAUUCAUAGGAUGGGAUUCAAAGUGUCAUUAAGAACAAACCUAACUAUUUUAAUGGAUUUUAUUUUUUGCACUGUGGCUACCAAUCUGUGAAAAAGAUGCAUCUAUUCCUCCCAGUGUAUGUAUUUUUUUGCUAAAUGCUAGGACCAUAAGUUACGAUCUUUAUUCCAUAUUUUUCUCCACUGUUCAAUAGGAUAUCAGAGAUCAGCAUUUCUGAAUUGAUCUAUUCUGUAGCACAUUUGUUUUAUAAUGAUGAUUCUGCAUUUAUUGAAUGAAAUAACAGUCUUUUACAUCAA